CACGCACGAAAUAUGUAAACGAGGGAUCCUAUAUAAAGAUCUCGUCGUACCAGGCUCUGUCAAAAAGAAGUCGACGCUCGAAGUGUUUGAAUCAUAUGAAGUACUAAAACCAUGACAUCCAAACAUCAGAUAUUUGUGAUACUUAUAAUCAUUAGCAUCGUCGGUUUGAUUUCAGCUACGCAAGUGCCGGAACGAAAAUGCAUACCAGAAAAACAGUACUUUGAUGGCUGCAACACUUGCUUCUGCACCUCCAAAAGCACUAUUGUCUGCACCAAAAAACUUUGCUGGGAAUUUAGCAACUUAUAUAAUAUGACCAGAAUGGCACAACUGCUUCCUCCACCUUCUGAUUUCUGGCAAUAAUUUUUGUAACUUUAUAAGCUUUGUAUUUU